GCUUCAAUUUUAAUGCGUACGCAACAAAAGAUUUCAAUUCUACCUCCGUUUCGUGUGCAAUGUGAGUGCAGCUUAGUAAUAAUUUCGCUAGUGUUGCUUGCUUGACUAAUUGUUGUGCUUCAGCGGCAUUGGUUCGUCUCGCUGUCGGCUGUUGUGGGUGGGUAACGCAACCAAAGACGGGCGGCAAAAAGGAGAUGCCGAAGAUGGCCGCCACUGUCGCGAUCUUCAGCAAUUGAAUGUUUCGUUGAGAGCAAAGAAUAAUGUGAGGUAGGAAAUUCUGUACAAAAACGGCGCUACUUCUGGUGUUGGUGGAGUAGAACCGUGAACAAAAAUUACAUCGGAUCGUUCGGGUGCUUUGCUUUAUUGCUAGUGUAAAGUGAUCGUGUGAGGAGCUGGGUUUACAGUGCGGUGCAUUUUGAAGUGUGUAGAAAAGCGCAAAUUCUUCCUUGGCAAGGGAGCUGCACGAAAGCGAGCUGUGUGUAUUAUUAGUGUAGUUAUGUGUGAAUAAUUAGACGACAAUGUCAAUUCGUAAAAGAGUCCCCCGCAGGUUCUAGAGUGUGUGCACGAGUGUGUGAUUGCGUAUAUGUUUGUAUUCAGCAUCCUCGAACGUGCCAGCUAUGACGAGAUGGGCAAGGUCAAGCUAUGUAACAGUGGGGAUCCUCUCCGGCCAACCAUUUCGUCCUGUAGACGGAAGACAGCUUCACCGACGGAACCGACGAUCAUCAGCACCCGAUCAAUCAGCGAUUUCCGUCCCACUGUGGUGCGAACCUUGCAAAAACGCAGCUCGCCGCCUACUGCCAGCAGCUGUGUUGUGUUUUCAACACUGCUGCUAGCAUGUUUCAUCGCAGGACUGUUUAACAAUAAUCAAGGAGUAAAUGCAGCGACAGCCACCGCGGUUGGACCGCUUUUAGCAGCACCGGAACAUUACAGUCUACCGACUGCCUCCGACGCCUCCAGCUCAAUUUUGCUGCUCUUCACGACGUACUACGAUCUGCGCGUGCUUAACGUGUCGGUACAGCCGGACACGAAUGCGCUCACCUACACGAUGGAUGUGCUGCUGCAGGAUCUCAACGAAGCAUCCGCAAUGGAUUUCUAUCAUUCGCGGGGACUCGUUUGCUGGACAGAGAACACGCUUGAGGUGAUCCAGUGCGGGCGUACGAACGGUACGCUGAACGUGACAAGCAAGACGACUGUGAUAACGCACGGGUUGGACAAACCCGAGGGCCUUGCGAUCGACUGGUACACGGACAAGCUCUACUGGACGGAUGGCGAGUCGAAUCGGAUAGAGGUGGCGCAACUCGAACCGAUGGGCAGUGGUGUGGGCGAUCAGGGCCGGCUGCCCAGUGCCCCGCUACAGAAGGUGUUAAUCUGGAGCGAUCUUGAUCAACCGCGGGCGAUCGCGCUUGUGCCCGCCCGACGGUACAUGAUCUGGACGGAUUGGGGCGAAAGCCCGAAGAUUGAGCGUGCCAGCAUGGAUGGUGACCCGCAGAGCCGCACGGUGCUGGUCACGGAUCGGAUAUUCUGGCCGAAUGGGCUGGCGGUGGAUUUGGAGCAGGAGUUAAUCUACUGGGUGGAUGGCAACCAGCGCUUCCUGGACGUGAUGGAUCUGGACGGUGGUAAUCGGAGGACGCUCGUACGAAAGCUCGAAUACCCGUACAGCCUAACGUAUACGUCCAAUUUCCUAUUCUGGACGGAUUGGAAAGAAGGAACGCUACACUAUUACGACAUCCUGCGCGAUCGGCACGAAGAGUUGCUGCGUAAGACGGAAGUUCCGAUCACGGUGCAUGCUUGGGACGGACGGUUACAACCACAGGCGGUGACCGAUUUGGACAAUCCUUGUCGACGCAACAAUGGGAACUGCUCGCAUCUUUGUCUGUUGUCAACGGUGGCACCGGCAGGUUAUAGUUGUGCCUGCCCUACCGGAAUAAAACUGCUCACCGCCACCCAAUGUGCCGAUGGGCCGCAGGACAUGCUGUUUGUGGUGCAGCGUUCGCAAAUCAAUAGGAUAUCGUUGGACUCACCGGACUAUUCGAUUGUGCCGCUGCCGGCUGGCAAGCUGCGCUACGCAAUCGCCAUCGACUACGAUCCGGUGGAGAAUUACGUGUAUUGGUCCGACAAGGAGGAGAGUGCGAUAAAGCGGGCCCGUGCAGAUGGUAUGGGUGGCCCGGCAGAGGAGGUCGUUACCGCUGAAAUACAAGCACCCGAUGGGCUCGCGAUCGAUUGGUUGGCACGAAACCUCUACUGGACGGAUACAGGGACGGACCGGAUACAGGUGUGCCGGCUGGAUGGUUCCUUCCGCCGUGUGCUUAUCUACGACAAUUUGGCAGAACCACGCGCAAUCGCCCUCGCACCGACGCUGGGCUGGAUGUUCUGGAGUGAUUGGGGCCCAAAGGAACCAAAGAUUGAGCGGGCCUCGCUGGAUGGAACCGAGCGCGUACUGAUCGUGUCGCAAAACUUGAUCUGGCCCAACGGAAUUGCGUUGGAUGUGGGCGCACGCAAGAUCUACUGGUGUGAUGCAAAGGCGGACACGAUCGAGGUAGCAAAUAUGGACGGUUCGGGACGAAACACGAUCCUUUCCGACAAUUUGCCGCACGUGUUUGGGCUUAGCCUGCUUGGUGAUUACCUAUACUGGACGGAUUGGCAGCGACGAUCGAUCGACCGUGCGCACAAGCUGACCGGUGCCGAUCGUACGACAAUUGGUGAAAACAUUGCCGAGCUGAUGGGGCUCAAGGUGACGCGUUUGCACGAGGUGCAGGGAACGAAUCCGUGCGCCGUAGGGAAUGGUGGCUGUUCGCAACUUUGUUUGAACCGACCGCGCGAUUACGUCUGCCGCUGCCAGCUUGACUAUGAGCUAGGACGUGACAAUCGGACGUGUUUGGUGCCGGCUGCGUUUCUGCUAUUUUCCAACCAUGGCAGUAUUGGGCGACUGUCGAUCGACAGCCGUAACCAUGCGGACUAUGCGCCGUUCCGGAAUGUGGUCGAUGCGCAUUACCUUGACGUGGACAUCGCGGAUAGGCGCAUCUACUGGGUGAGCCAGAAGCAGAAGUAUAUCUCGCGCGCGUACAUUAACGGUUCGGACGUGCAGCGUAUCGUGGAGACCGGACUGAUGCAGCCGGAAGGUAUUGCGGUUGAUUGGUUGGCGCAUAACGUUUACUGGACGGAUGCGGAAGCGCGCCGUAUUGAGGUUGCACGCUUGGAUGGCAGCAGCCGCCGCAUUCUCAUCUGGAAGGGCAUAGAGGAGCCAAAGAAUUUGAUCUUGGAACCACGCAAAGGCCUGAUGUAUUGGGCCGAAUGGCCAUCGGAUUCGAUACGCCGUGCGGCCAUGGAUGGAGGCGAUCUGUUGACGAUCAUUUCCAAUGCGAACCAUGCCAUCGGUUUAACGCUCGAUCCAGACACGCGGCGACUGUAUUGGGCACGGCAGAGUUUGCCCACCGGCAUCGAAAGUGCGGAAUGGGACGGUAAACGACGGACGCGCCUGUUGAUGGCAGAUGCUGCUGACGGCAAUCGGUUCGUCCCCGUUGCUCUAACCAUCUACCAGGAUUGGGUGUACUGGGCCGACUGGACUACGGAUGAGAUUGGACGGGCAAACAAGACAACCGGUGACAAUCGUACGAUCGUACAUUCGAACCUCAAGUAUACGUACGCACUGCUAGCCUUCCACACUGGGCGUCAAUCUGGCUCGAAUCAGUGCCGCACCAAUAAUGGUGGCUGCACGCAUUUGUGUCUAGCGCAGGGUCAGCGAAAGAUGACGUGCGCUUGUCCCACGCAUUACACACUCAACGCGAAUCGAGUAUCCUGCAGUCCACCUCGCAACUACAUCAUCUUCAGCCAACGGAACUCAUUCGGACGCUUCGUACCGAAUACGGCCGAUUCGCCAGAUAUUCCGUUGCCGGUUACGGGCAAAAACAUACGUGCCGUCGAAUAUGAUGUCUUGACGCGGCAUAUCUACUGGAUUGAAGUUCGUGGUCCAACCAUUAAACGAGCUUUCGAUAAUGGUACCAAUGCGAAAGUAUCCAUGAAUCCCACAUCCUCCCCGUUCGACAUGGCAAUAGAUCCGAUUGGGCGACUGCUCUUCUGGAGCUGUUCGCACACCAACACCAUCAACAUUACCACACUGGAUGGCAAUAUCGCCAGCAUCGGUAAUGUGGAUAUUGGACGAACGGAGAAACCGCGCAGCCUGGCCCUGCAUGCGAUGAAACGGCUGUUGUUCUGGACGGACGUCGGAUCGGCACAGUCGAUUACGCGCGCCAAACUAGACGGUUCGCAGCGUGUCGAGCUGAUAACAAAGCUGGAAGGCAUACAGGCGCUGGCGCUUGAUCCACAGCUCAAUCGGUUGUUUUAUGCGCAUGGCAAACGCAUUGACACGAUGGACAUUAAUGGGCAGGAUGUGAGAACAUUGGUUGCGGAGCACAUCAGCAUGGUAUCGUCGAUUGCAGCGCUCGAUGGUUUUAUUUACUGGCUAGAUGAGCGUCCAGUGAUGGAGCGCAUAUCGGUGCAGGGCGAUAAUCGGCGGGUGGAGAUUCACAAAACCCCACACAUGACGGACAUUGUGGCCGUGUGGACGCCUGAUGAGCGUGUGCUUCGUAAUCACACAUGCAAAACGGCACGUGCGGAGUGUAGCCACAUCUGCAUCGGUUCGCCAGAUGAUGCACCAACCGAACACGUGUGCGCUUGUCCGCAGGGGUUGAUGUUGCUGAAAGAUCGGCGCAGUUGCGGUGAACAACCGAUUUGUGGACCGGAUCACUUUACUUGUGCCGCACCGAGCGAGCUGGCCGAUCGGGAUGGCAAUAAGGAGUGUAUCCCAUCGUCCUGGCGUUGCGAUGGUCAGAAGGACUGUCCGGACCGGUCGGAUGAGAUGGACUGUCCGACGUGCCGUGGUGAUCAGUUUAAAUGCCAGUCGGGUGAAUGUAUUGACAAGCAUCUGGUGUGCGACGGAACGACGCAGUGUUUGGAUGGGUACGAUGAAGCGGUUUGCUGUAAAAACCCGGAAGAUUUCCAGUGUCCGACGAGUAAAGUGUGCAUCUCGUUUCACAACGUGUGCGAUGGCGACGAGCACUGUGCGAAGGGUGAAGACGAAGCACCGGAGAUAUGUAACGAGUACGGCAAUCGUCGAAUGGCACCUAGCUCAAGCAAGAUUACGCUACUGAUCGUCGUGGUGACUGCGGUAGCGGUUGUAUUUCUCGUGGUCUAUUUGCUUCAAACGUUCCGCACCCGGUUCGGUACCGGUGGUGGUGGUCUCGAACCAAAGGAAUGUGAUCAGGCAGCUGCGCCACUGUCGCCCGGUGGACUCAACAAGAACAUUCGCGUCUCGAAGCUGGCGUCCGUGGCGGACGCGGUUCGUAUGUCCACGCUAAACAGUCGGGCAAGUGGUGGCAGCUAUGAUCGCAAUCAUAUUACCGGCGCUAGCAGCUCUACCACUAACGGCAGUAGCUUGAUCGGUUACCCGCUCAAUCCACCACCGUCACCGGCCACUACGGCCGGUUCGACGGGACGCUACUGCAACAGCAGCUACCAUCCGUAUAAGCACUACAAGAUCAUCAAUCAACCACCACCACCAACGCCAUGCUCGACGGAUGCAUGCGAUGAGAGUGAUUCGAACUAUACCAGCAAGAGCAACCGUAGCCAGCGCUGUGGCGGUGGACACGGUUCUGGCACAACGGGUGGCGGUACCAGCAGCUCGGUUGGUAGUGGUAGCGGACGGCACGGGCACGAUGGACGCGGUUCGCUACCGGGCAAGUACAAGGAUCGAUGCUACGAUCCGGAACCGUAUCCACCACCACCGACGCCACGAUCACACUAUCACAGUGACAUCGGUGGCAUGCUGCCCGAAAGCUGUCCACCAUCGCCGAGCUCGCGUAGUUCGACGUACUUUUCGCCACUGCCACCACCACCCUCACCGGUGCCUUCUCCAUCGAGGGGGUUUUCGUAGCAGCUAAAGAACGGAGACGACGUCGAUGACGAGGAAGACGAACAGGAGGAAGAUGAGGACGGAGCGGAGUAUGGUGAUGGUUUGUUUGCAGCUAUCGAGAAGGAACCCAUCACCAGAAGAUAGGUUCGCGUUAGCAUCAUCUUCCGUGUGUGUGCCAUUCAAUGCCAAUCGUCCAUUUAUUUACUUCCCGUCCCGUGCGGGGUCGUCGUCUCCCGAUAGUUUUGUAGGAUUUGUACACUUUAGCUAGGAGCUGUUUAACAUGUAAGAAACUGAAGCAAAUGUAUUGUUCCUCUCCCCCCCCCCCCCCCUUCCCCGCCCUUUCCUCGCCCCACGUAACACAAAUGCCAACAGAAAGUGCCUCCAAAAUGCCUGUUAGGGAGUAAACUUAUUAAGUAAGCCAUAGCCAAAAGAUGUGUGUGUUGCUUUAGCUUUACAACCUUGCAACACCUCGCUGAAACGGGGUGAGGAAAAGAGUGAUUAUACGUUCAUCCCCAUUUUUGUAAAUACCUUUAUCUAAGUUCAUGUCCAUCCGGCAGUAAUUAACAUUAGUUGGCGAAUAAGGUACAGCUCGUCUCUGCUUCGGAUUUAAAACGUUGCCUCCCAUUUGCCAGCCGCAUCUCUCUGCACGGUUCAAUUAUAUCCAGUCUUCCAGUGGUGUGCCUAGAAAAAUUCAAAAAUCAUAGUGUCCCAGAGCAUAUCAACCGAGAGUGAGCUUAGGAGAACUGUUUAGGAUCUGUUUUAUGAUCGAUAACGAACAACCUACUCUGGCGCGGAGAGAGAAGAUUCCCAGUGAGAUACAACAUCGUUUGUUAAUUGUUUGCUCAAUAAGACUGACUUACCCUUCUUUACGCGAAGGACGUUCGCCUGUUAGAUAUAUCCUUCCCCAAUCUUCCCGCUGACGGAGUGUGUCUAUCUCCAAAGUGUACGCAUUAAAUUCUUCCAAGGAAAAAGUAACUGACUGUUGCGUGCGCGUGCACGCACUGAGCGAUAUUAGUAAAUGAUUAGUGUAGUAUGGACGAUCAUGGGUACCCCGUACCGUGAGUUAGACGAAAGCAGGAAGCAGGAAGAUGCCUUAAUGCAUUUUAAAAUGAGAUUGUUAGCAAAACGCAUAACACAUGCCUGCAAUUUUUGAAGCAUUUAUAGAGAAUAUAUCAUGUUAGGGAAGUGUGUAGUUUAUCGUCAGGCCUUCUACUUGCUGUUUUCGCUUUUAAGUAUUCACACAAAUUCUGUCCUGUACAUAUUGUACCAACGAGAACAGAGGAAAUUAACAAAGCAAACUAUCACCAUCUAAUAAA